ACAAUUUCCUUUUAAAUCGAGCGCAACUUGAGCUCACAACCAGCGCCUGCCAUAGGCCUGGCAGGCAUAGUACACCCUUGCCACUUCUGAAGCGCUUACUAGCAGCUGCUGAUAAAUGGCGCCUAAGAAGGCAGCAAACGUUGAUAAGGCGAAAGUAGCUGCCAAGCAGAAGGCAGCUGAGGACAAGACUUUUGGACUUAAGAACAAAAAUAAGUCGUCUAAAGUGCAGAAAUACGUCCAGAACGUGAAGCAGAAUGCCACUCAGGGCCUGGGGAAGCCGGUGGAGGCGAAGAAGAAAGACAAGAAGCCCGAGGACGAGGUCGGCAACAUCUUUGCGGUGGCCAUCAAGCAGCCUAAAGUCCCCGAGGGCGUUGACCCCAAGUCCAUCGUGUGCGAGUUCUUCCGCGCCAACCAGUGCACCAAGGGCUCCAAGUGCAAGUUCAGCCACGACCUGUCGGUGGAGCGCAAGGGACCCAAGAUCUCGCUGUACACCGACCAGCGGGACAUUGGCAAGGGGGAGGGAGAGGAGGGCAAGGAGGGCAUGGAGGACUGGGACCAGGCCACUCUGGAGGCGGCUGUGAAGCAGAAGCACGCCAACGAGAACAAGCCCACGGAGAUCAUCUGCAAGUUCUUCCUGGAGGCGGUGGAGAGGAAGCUGUACGGAUGGUUCUGGAAGUGCCCCAACGGCGAGGACUGCAAGUACCGGCAUGCGCUGCCGCCCAACUACAUCCUGAAGAGCCAGAUGAAGGAGCUGCUGGAGGAGGAGGCCCGCAACGCCAAGGACAUUGCGGAGUCGAUUGAGGAGGAGCGCGCCAAGGUGGAGGCGCGCACACCCGUGACGGAGGAGACCUUCCGCACCUGGCACCGAGCCAAGCGGGAGGCGCGGGCGGCCAAGCGCGCAGCUGACGAGGAGGAACGCCGGCGCAAGGGCAUCAUGAACGGCCGCGAGAUCUUCAUGCAGGAGGGCUUCGUGGCUGCGGACGAUGCCAGUGCGGCGGACGACUACGCGCGCGAAGAGGACGAGGAGAGCGCCAUUCGCGCCAUGAUAGAGCGCGCGAAGGCGCAGGCGGAGGCGGCACGGAUGGCGGCGGAGGAGCUGGCUCCAACACCGGAGGAAGACGAGACGGCGGCGGAGGGGAUGGGUGCGGGGCCAUCCAGCAGCAGCGGCGGCGGUGCGGGUCCCUCAGGUUCGCAAGGGGCCGCGGGCCCCUCCACACACCUCAACCUGGACGAUGGCGAGGCGCAGGCGCUAUUCGCCGGGGACGACGACGAGGACGAGGAGGAGGAGAUGAUGGAGGACGACGAGGAGGACGACGACGACGAGGGGGAUCUAGACGGGUUGGAAGACCAUGUGAAGGGGAUGCACACGGGGGCAGCAGCAGGGGGCAGC